ACUCCAAAAUGUUAUCUCAGUGUCUGUGCAAAGUUUUGUACAAAUGUUUGUUUCUACGCAAUUUAGAACUGAGCUCAAUAAAUGCAGUUAUUUCCACCAGAAGGAUCCAUUCUUCAGUAAAACCAUUUUCUAAUUGUGAGUUAAAGGAAGAAACCACACAAAAGCAUGAAACUGAAGAGUUGCCUCAGAGUGCAGAAAACAACAAUUCUGAAAAUUUGCAUAUACCAGUGAUGGUGGAGGAAGUUGUUAAUUUCUUGUCCCCACAGCCUGGCCAGUGUUUCCUUGACAUGACCUUUGGAGCUGGUGGUCACACUACAGCUCUGCUACAGAAAGCCGGUGACAUUACAAUAUAUGCACUAGACAGGGACCCCACGGCUUAUCAAAUAGCUCAACAGCUCUCAGAAUCUUACCCGAAACAGAUUCGAGCUCUUCUAGGACAGUUUAGCCAGGCAGAGGCUUUGUUAACCUCAGCUGGAGUGGAGCCCGGGACCCUAGAUGGAGUUCUCUUGGAUGCUGGCUGUUCUUCAAUGCAAUUUGAUACGCCUGAAAGAGGUUUUUCCCUGCAGAAGGAUGGUCCUUUGGACAUGAGGAUGGAUAGUGACAGGUACCCUGACAUGCCCACUGCUGCUGAUGUUGUGAACGCUUUAGAUCAGGCGGCGCUUGCGUCCGUCCUGAGGACGUAUGGCGAGGAGAGGCACGCCAAGCAAAUCGCUUCAGCCAUCGUUCAGGCACGCAGCGUGUACCCCAUCACCAGAACGCAGCAGCUCGCAAGCAUUGUUGCAGGUGCUUUUCCAGCAUCAGCACUGUAUGCACGUAAAGACUUGCUUCAGAGACCUACCCAUGUUGCUACCAAAACUUUCCAAGGACUGCGAAUAUUUGUCAAUGAUGAGCUCCAUGAGCUCCUUGCGGGGCUGAAGACUGCCGAGAGGUUUCUGAAAUCUGGAGGUCGACUCGUGGCUCUUUCUUUCCAUUCUCUGGAAGAUCGUAUCAUCAAACGCUUUCUUUAUGGAAUAGACAUGACAGAAAAGUACAAUCUGAGCUCGAGGCAGAAGAUAAGGCAAGGUCUGAAAAAGAGUCGGGAAGAAGAUACAGAAGAAUCUCCUACUGCAAAAUCCAGCUCAAAGUGGAGUUUUAUACAGAAAAAAGUUCUCACACCCCAGGCCAAAGAGAUUCAAACAAACCCAAGAGGGAGAUCUGCCAAGUUAAGAGCUGCUGUUAAACUCUAAAACAAUGUAUGAUU